UAAAAUAAAUAACUCAUUAUGGGAUUACUCUCUCAUGGACAACUCAGAUUCGAUCCCUUAAAGCCAGUUAUUUUGAGAGGCUUACCAACAGAAGAUGGGUCCACUCUAUUUGCUGGUAACGUUGUGUUGACCUUGACCAAGACAACCAAGAUAUCCAAUGUUUCUGUCACUUUAAGGUCACAUGUUAUAACAUAUUGGCCAGAAGGGAUUGGUUCAAGGGGUACUCGUUUAACCCAUGAAAAGAUGCUUGGAGAACAGAUAGUACAGAUAGUUGCACCCAACCAAGAAAAGAACAACCUAGUUUUACAAGCGGGUACACAUCGAUUUUCGUUUGCUUUUGUGAUUCCCAAUUCUACGGUAGCGACAAUUGAGGAUACAUUUGGACGAGUGAAGCACGUGAUCGAAGCUCAAGUACAACGACCUGGUAUUGCGAUGCUUUCAAACUGGACAGUAUCGAAACCUGUGCUUAUAUUACGAACCUAUAUGUCUAAUUCACUAUUGACGAAUAAUUCGCUUGCUACCCUUUCUAGAACAUUUGAGAAGCAUAUGGUCUAUGGUGAUAUAGAAGUGGUGAUUGAGGCAGCUGCCUUUUCAUCAGGAGAUCUAUUCUAUAUUCGCAUGGUGAUUGAGCCACAACUGAAGCAUACUCGUAUUGAGCAUAUGGAAGUGAGUUGCAUUGAGUCUAGAAAGUAUUGUGUGCCAGAGAUGAAAGCAUGGAGAACAGACCAUACAGUCUUUCCGAUGCCAUUUGCGGGAUCAGUUCGAUUGGCCGAGUUUGGAGAAGUGAAUGAUACGACGGAUGAAUUAAGGCCGAUAUUUGAUAAACAUGGACAAGGCAUUGACCUUGUUCAUGACUUUGCUCAUCGUCUAGCCUUCUUUUCACCUACCUGCCAACAGCAUAUACGCCAUACGACCUAUAUACGAGAAAUACUGAUUAAGCAUCAUAUAGAAAUUAACUUGACAUUAUCCUAUGUGGAUGAUGAAGGACAUCGACAAUUCCUGAGUAGAAAUAAUAGUAAUACAAGUAUAGAAUCCAUUGAACUCAGCGGUACAUUAACACCACCACCUCAAGCACAUAUAUCAAACAACAUACGUACAUUACCUUCUCAUCAUCAUCAUCAAAGACAUUUUUCAUCCCCUUUACCCACACCAACAACGAGUGACGAUCGUCAUCAAUGGCAUCUACUUCGAUUGAACAAGACCAAGAUUGAAAAAGAAAAGGAUAGAAAGAAAGAAACGAUUACACUUGAUUCACCCAUCACUGUAUUUGAUUGUAGACUAAAAGAAGAUUAUGGAAGAUUACCGAGUUAUAACGAAAUAGGAAUUAAACCUACCGAAAUAGAUAAAAAGAUACCAAAGAACAAGAAUGAUGAUGUCAAAAUGGAUCAACCUCAACCUCAUCCUUAUCUUUGUUCAUGCUAUUAUACGUUUUGUAAGGAUAUGGAAUUAGCAUCUCAAUCACUAUAUUUAUCAACCAAGACAGCCACGCCCUUAAUGGAUCAACAACCUCCACCCGCUUAUUCAAUCCCGAGUGAUACAAAAUAAAAUAAAAAUUAUAUAAAAUAUAAUAAAUUAAAAAACGUGAAUACAAAAAAAU